AUGUUGAAGAAUUUCCCCAGGAAGAGGAAGAUUUUUAGAAUAUCAGAGAUGAAGGAGUUUGAGGAUCUUAAGGCCAGACUUGAUGUGGGAUGCUCUGAACAAAGCGACUCGUCGGUGGCAUUCACGUAUGAUGCAGAUUUGAAUUAUGCAUUCCAGCAAAUAUCCGAGAGUGAGCACCUGGCAGAUAAGAUUCUAAAAUGCAAGGAAAGCUUCUUGAAUGGAGUUGGAGACGAAAGCUAUAUUAAUUCUGGAUUUGAGUCGAUAGGAUCAAGAAUCCAAAAGGACUGCACUAAAAACAAUCAACUACAGUCAUGUAGAGGCGCUGAUAGGGAUGCUUUUAGAUAUGAAGCACUUUCUGCAUCACAAAAACUCGAGCUAAGCAGGUUCUGUUGGAAAGCAUUUAGUAAGAAGCGCUCGAAUGUUCUGUUUAACUGGGUAGGAUGUUUCCAGAGUAAGGGCAGAGUUGGUGGGGGAAAGACAAUCAACUACAAAGUGUUUGAUAUUAUUAAGUCAUUAGAGGAGCGGGCCACGAAUACAAGGUUUAUAUUCAGGUACGAACCUGACAAAAGUGGCGCAAUUAAGAUAGCAAAUAGCCUUCAUGAGAAUAGAAGCAUUGAUGCCAAUAGAGUGGAUGUGUUUGUACUUGCAAAUGCAUUGAAGAAUUAUAUCAGGGAGCACCUUGACGGGCUUGUACCGAUUGAAGUUUUUGAGAAGAUCAAGGGCUGCAUUCGUAUGAACGACAGAUACACUAGAGAGGCACUUUUUUCUUAUAUUCCUUUUGUUUUUUGUGAUGUUGAACGAAGUCUUUUAAUGGCGUUAUUUGGAUUGCUUAAGAAGGUGAGCGAUAAUUUUGAGCAGACAGAGAUGUCGAUUGACUCACUUCUGGGACUGUUUAGUCUUGUGUUGCAUCCGCAGGCUGCAUUUACGACGCUGGACGAUCUUGAAUAUGUACAGAUGAUUACCAAAGAGCUGUACAACCUGGACUUUGGGGGUUUGCCUCAGGCUGUGGUUGUGCAUGAACUAGUUUUUGUGUAG